AUGCAGCAAGCCAAUUUCUAUGACCUCCAGGUAGUAAUAAAUACAAAGGAAGUGGUCGCACUUCUUGUAGUUGUGGAUUCAGAAAGAGAUAUGGAUUGCUUGGUUCUGAUUCUGGGCCAAAAAGCUCGGCCCUCCAACCUCCCCCCUGGUCCGCGGCCUCUCCCGAUCAUCGGCAACCUCCUCGAGCUCGGAGAUCUUCCCCACAAGUCCCUGGCCAAGCUCACCCGCACCUAUGGCCCCAUCAUCAAACUGGAACUCGGCUUCGUGACUACGGUGGUGGUCUCUUCGCCGAUGCUCGCCAAAGAGAUCCUCCAGACCCACGACGCUGUCUUCUCGAAUCGCACGGUUCCCAGUUCCAUCACGGUUCAUGACCAUGACAAGCUAGACUUGCCCUGGCUACCGGUUUCGCCUCUCUUCCGAAACCUCAGGAAAGUAUACAACUUGCAUAUCUUCUCCAGCAAAAAACUGGAUUUGAACCAACACCUUCGCAGCAAGAAAAUUCAAGAGCUGGUCGCCUUCGUGAGGAAAUGCGCAGAUGCUGGCGAGGUGGUGAAUAUCGGUGAGGCGGCUUUCAGGACCAGCCUUAACGCGGUAUCAAACACGCUUUUCUCUUUGGACAUGAUCGAACCUUUGAAUCCAGCUGGAUAG